AUGGAGAUGGAUGAUGAUCCUGAUCCAGAGCCACCAACCGGGACACAAACUCAUCCCAUGAGUAUCUCCAGUGGUUCUCCUUAUGAAGGAUCGCCGUAUCAAGGCCCCGACUCAUGGGCCGAAAGGUGGAACACGUACCAAUGGGAAUAUACCCCUUCUUUUCAUAACUCUCCUCCACAAACUCCAUUGGAAGAACCGUAUCUUCAAGCGGUUACUCCACUGCCUUUGCCCGUUGAGGAACCACCUCAACAACCACCACAACCACCUCCUGAGCCACCUAGGCGAAGGCGGAAUGCACGGAUGUCCGUGCGAGGGGGACCAAGAUUUAGUCCCCCUCAAGCUUCAAGCACAUACCGUCCUAUCCCCGAAGAUCCACGAAUGGGUGGACCUUCACAUGCGGUGCCAGAGAUGAUCCCCCGCCAGUUACUUUUGCACCACCGCCACCGUCAAUGGUAUACCCAAUGGGGUAUCCUGUGCAUGGUAUCAAUACCCCCUUACCAGCAGCAACCUCCACCUUCACAAAUUCAAACUCAGCAAAUCCUACAGAGGUUGGACCAGGUUGAACAAAAGGCAGAGGAACACGAUAAAAAGCAUAACAAAUUUCUUAAAGGCCUUGCGAACCUCAUAAAUGGCAAAAAGAAGUAG